AUGGCAUUUGUGCGAGGCUCCGUACGACCUGCGCCGUCGAUCGUUCGGGUUGCUGUCGAUGGCUCAUGUCAUGCAGGGGCUAUCCCUGUCCCUGUCUAUGGUGGGCGCACACAUACCUCUAAUGCACCAGCUCUUGCGGGUGGUAUGUAUUUGACUGACGCCGUUGCGGCCCGCGGCUUUGGUGAUAUGACUAAGUUCUACACUCGGCCGUAA